CACACAGCAGAGAUAGAGAGUAGCAGCAGCAGCAAACGGAUUUUGGGACAGACUGAGUAUUGUGUUACAGGAAUUAAUUAUACAUCUAAAAGGGGCACGUUGCUAUAGAGACGGAGAGGGAGGUUUUUUAAAACCACAGUGCUUUACAGUCGCAGUCGGUGGGUCAGGAACAGCAGCAAUGUAUAUCAAGUUUUGUCGUAUUGUAGGAAGUGGAGGGAAUCACAAAUUACCAGAUGAGGCAAACGCAAAGUUAUCGGUUGAAGUGAAGAAGCAGCAAGGGAAAGACCUGCAGGUCCUGGGGAACGUUGGUCUGUACCGUGCAGUGUGUUUACUACUGUCUGUCAUCUGUCUGGUUCUACUGCUCGUCAUCAUCAUCCUCUGUGUCAAAUUUCCAUCCCAGCCUCAGGUCUGUCAUGGGACUGAAAAAGGGAUUGAGGCUAAAGAGAAGGGGAUUGUGACUGAAAAAGGGAUUGAGGCUAAAGAGGAGAGGUUCCAGUCCACUGAGGUGUGCAGCCUGCAGACAUGCCAAGCACAAUACUUCCAACAACAGAGCCAGGUCCCGGCCUGCCACAUGUGUGAUGAAGGCUGGCUGCACUUUGAGAGCUCCUGCUACUUCCUCUCCAGAGACAGAAUGAACUGGGACGAGAGCAGGGACGAGUGUAAGAAGAGAGGGGCAGAUCUGGCUGUCAUAACAAACAAAAUAGUGCAGACCUUUCUAACGAAGAAGGGAAACCUGAUGUACUGGAUCGGCCUGAGACAGAGAACCAGGAACUGGGUUUGGGUCAACAACACUGCACUGGGACAGAGUUACUGGUCAGGAUCCAACAGACAAGGGGAUUGUGGGUUACUGACAGGAAGGGAUCCUCCUGAGAGAAGCUGGAGCUCCACAUCAUGUGACCAGUACAGCUUCUACAUCUGCCAAAGGGGGCGCUAAAGGACAGACUUCACCAUCUGCCAGUAGUCACCAACCCUGAUCCUGGAGUGCUAUACGAUGUACAGGCUUUUGUUCCAGCCCAGCAGUAAGACACAUUAUUUAGCUAGUCAAUGAAUCACCUUGAUUAGCUGAAUCAUUUAAGUGUUGUACACCAUGUAGGUCAGCAGGGUUAGUGGCCACUGCCAUAUUCCAACUAAGAAACCUGUCAAUACGGAUUCUCUUUAGACUUCUAUCAUUCAGUCCUAUUCCAUAGCCUUUUAUCCCAUGAUUACACAUCUCUAUCAACAGCCUUUUAAACCUUGAUUAUACACUGUAUGACCUAAGUCUAUGUUAUAAUUAAUUAGACAUCCAGGUAUAACCAAUGAUGGUAAAUAUAAUCACAUUACAGUUAGUUAUGCCUUGUGAAGAACAAUCAAGUCGGCCUACCAGUUUCAGUUAGAAUCUGCACUAAUGUAAAAGAUUAACACUGUAUAUUGCACUCAUUUGCUUGUUCUGCUGAGAUGUUUUCUAUGUGUUCUCAAUGCCUUUGAAUGUGAUAAUGACCGACAUGAUUAUGUGCAUUAACCAAUCAUUAGGUUUUAAGUACUGAUUCACAAUCCUGAAAGAAACAAACGUUUAAUAUCAUUUGUCCCUGUAAUAAAGAAUCAGUUAUUAUACUGUCUCAUCAAAUCUUUCAUAAAAAGUGUUCAUGUGCUUUACUUGGAAUGAUAAAGUAACAUAUAUGGUCCAAGAAAAUUGAAAAUGGAUCUAGUCUACAUUUCAACCCAGUCAUACCCAUGUACAAAUAUUUUGUUUUUGACAUGUAAAACUGCAUAAACACAGUAUCUGUCAAAAGUUUGGACACACCUACUCAUCCAAGGGUUUUUCUUUAUUCUUACUCUUUUCUACAUUGUAGAAUAGUAGAGAAGACGUCAAAACUAUGAAAUAACACAUAUGGAAUCAUGUAGUAACCUAAAAAGUGUUAAACAAAUCAAAAUAGAUUUUAUAUUCUUCAAAGUAGCCACCCAUUGCCUUUAUGACAGCUUUGCAGAGAUCCUCACUGAACUUCUGGAGAGAGUUUGCUGCACUGAAAGUAAAGGGGCUGAAUAAUUUUGCACGCCCAAUUUUUCAGUUUUUGAUUUGUUAAAAAAGUUUGAAAUAUCCAAUAAAUGUCAUUCCACUUCA